UCCCUGCUCUGAAAGACCAAACACUUCAAAAAGUCAAAAAAAGAAGCGUUUUUCCCAGUCUUUUUUUGACCGAAAAAAUUAUCUAYCAAGACUUUUGACAGGAGCUGGCGGCGCGAGGAGUUUGAUGUGAUUAUAAAAUGCGCUUUAUUCUGCUCGUUGUCUUUGUGGUAUUUCUUUGUACGUGUUGUUUGGGAUAUCAAGGCUGCCUGCCCGGUCAAUAUGGGAACACUGGCUACAAUUUUAAAUGCUACACGAGGGUAGAGCUAGCCUUUGUCAUCGACAGCUCACACAGCAUCAACCUCAAAGAUCCUAAAAACUUUGACCGCUGCAAAGAGUUCGUGAAGAACAUCGUGAAAGGCUUUGAAAUCCUGGACACRCUCRCACGUGUGGGAGUAAUAUCGUAYUCAAACAACGCGCAUGUGCAAAUGAAAUUUGCCGAUUCUACAGACGAAAAGAAAGUSUUAAAUGUCGUWGAUGGAAUUCCGUAUCAAAAYAGUGGGACAAAGACUGGUAAUGCAAUCGUUGCCGCAGGGAAUCUCUUGUUCAGCCAAUCACGAGAAAAAGUGCGAAAGGUUCUAAUCGUCUUAACAGAAGGCGGAUCAACAGACGAUGACAUAGGCCCCGCCAAAGCUCUAAAACAAGCCGGAGUAGAAAUAUUCGUGAUUGGACUGGGCAAAACCCACACGAAGAAAAGGCUCUUUGACAUGGCAACUGACGGACGCCAUGUUUUUAUGUCAGACUUUAAAAGUCUCAAAGCAAUCGAGCAGACCAUUAAAGACAUGGUAUGUGAACCUCCGACYAUAACCUACAAAUGCCAGUGUGACUGCUGUGGUGACGUGUAUACCUGCACACAGGAUGACGUCAAAGCUGGUUGUAAAUGUUCUAAUUGAAAUUCCGACGUCACAUCACAACGUCAUCGGGCGAACAGCGCUUGUCAAGAAAAACGAAGGCUCAGAGAACGAGAUUGGUACAGCGGUACUAACCUUACAUUUUCAGUGUUCAUAAGAAUUGUUGUGACCAUUUCAUAACAUAAUCAAGCURAUUUAAUGUAAUAAUUAUAAUAUUUUAAUAAAUAAAAGUAUUUUAAUG